GGUCACUCAUGGCAUGAGGCAUGAAGUGAUUUUUUACCACGGAAAGAAUUGUGUUUUCUGGUCCAGAGCAGACCAAGAUCCUGCCAUUUCCUGAGCUGAGAUCUCAUCACCCACCCACCCACAUCUCUUGGCUCUUGCUCUCUUCUCUUGGAGGGAGGCAGGGAAGUAAAACCAGCCAGCUAGCUAGCCCUUGGAAGAAAGAGCUUCGCCGGUAGCCCCCCCACACCACACCACUCUCUCUUUGGUUUCUUCCUUGCAUUUUGCAUUUGCUCUUCGCGCAGCAAAGAUCGAUCGAUGGAUCUGCACUACGGCGGCCGCGUCGGGGAGGCGGUGGCGGUCGGCGAGGCGGCCUACAUUGCCGGCGCCGGGGCCGGGGGCGGCGUGGUGGACGUCGUCACCCGCGAGUCGGCGGCGCAGGCGCUGGGCACCGUGGUGCAGCUCCACUUCGACAAGACGGUGGAGAAGAAGCGCGCCGCCGACGCGCAGAAGCAGGAGCUCUGGCGCCUCUUCCUCGCAUUCUUCCUCUUCCUGGCGCUCGUCCUCUCCGCCGUCGCCGGCUCGCCGCCCGCGCGCCUCCAGUGCCGCCACCUCUGGGCGCCCGCGGGGCUGCUCUCCCUCGCGCACCUCGCCUUCUACGCCGCCGUCGCGCACCACCUCCGCUGCCUCAACGGCUUCCGCUACCAGCGCCGGUGCCACAAGCUCACCCUCGCGCUCGCCGCCGACAGGCUCAGGAUGCUCAAGUCCGGCGGGGAGGUCGUGCCCGCCGCCGACGUCGAGGUGCCCUACCAGGAGCCGCCCGAGAGCUACCUCGCCAAGUUCAAGCGCAGCUGGGCAGUCCACUUCGCCUUCCUCAUCGCCACCUUCGCCUUCUCCGUCGCCGCAUCCGUCGCAAUCCUCUGCUUCUAGAAAUCCCUUCUCUUUAAUUUUAAUGUUUAAUUAAGCUGCCGUCAGCUCGGAUCUCCAUGAGGUGACUGACAACUCUUUGAGAUUGUAUUGUGGCAGGCAGCAGGAGAGCUGAACUAGAUAACUAGCCUUGCCGUUGUUAAGAUAAUUGCGUGUACCAUUGUGAGUGUGCUCGGAUUAGUACUAGUGUACUAGUGAUUAGUACUAAGAUGUUGCUGUCAACAGUGAGAUAUGCAGCUGCUCAAGCUCAACUAUGUUCACUGAU